CUGCUUAGCAAGAGUAUACGAAAAGAAAAAAAAAGGAAAAUCAAAACCAGCAAGAAAUCGUCGAAGAGACGCGGGAGUCCCCGACGGGUAUCUCUCCCCUCUUUCCUGUGGUCAUCCUUUGUCUGCGAAGCAGCAGAGGAAUUUAUUUGUGUCUCGGAGAGAAGGCAAGAGAAUGACGGCUCCCCGGGCUCCGGCAGCCGGCGGGUGAGCGGCCGAGCCAGAGAGAGACGAGACAGGAGGCGGACUGCUGGCUAUUGGGCGGCAGAAGAAAGAAAGAAAAACAAACAAGAGGCGAGCGGCGGAGUCACCGGAGACGUGAGGGAGGAGCGGGCUGUGGGCGAGAGACACGAAGACGGAGAGGAAAGCAGGAGCAGGGAGACGGAGACGGAGACGCCGCCACCGCCGCCGUCUGGGAGUGCGACGCUUGUGCAGGCUGCUCUCGAGCCCUCACCGCGAGACUCCAUAUUGUUCGGAAGGGGGGACAGAGGGAGGAGGGGCAGCAGGCACGCGCUGGCCAGUCCGCUCUUAAAGUCGCAAGAGGAGGAGGAGGAGGGGAUUUCAUGUCGGAGGACAGCAUCCCCUGGCGUGCUCGGGCAAAUUUAUUUCUAAGCAGAAACCGGAUUGAAGAAAAAAACACACACACACAGCGAGGCAAAUCGGGUCCAUUUUGCCCGACAAGGGGAUAGACUGCAUUGCCACCUGAUGACAGCAGUGGGAGAAGCGGAUCAACAUCCAAAAUAAAAGGACCUCCCCUCCGCAAUCCUGGUAACCCAGGAAGGACCGUGGGAAGAAAACAGAUCAAGAGCCCUACUGAGCAACACCCCUUUCUGCCUCUCCAGACGGGACCCCCCUCUUGUCACCUUUUUUUAUUAUUAUUAUUUAUUUUUCUAUGGGUGCGACUGUCUGACACUUUGCCGGUUUGAGGUUCAUGCUACGGGACGAUAUAUUUUUAUGUGACCUUCCUCUUGCUCAUCAUCUUCUUCCUCCUUCACCAUCAUUCUAGCAGCCGGGAGGGAGGUGCGCUUGUCUACCGGCAGUGCUGCUUGUGGAUGCGGAUGGAUGAAAAAAUCGAGGUGGGGGUUGCAGUCAUUGGCCUAUAAAAGGAUUUCAGUAAAGCAGCCAACGAAAAAAAAUAUUUUAUUUCUGUAGCGCCCGAAAGAAGAGCCAAUCACCACCCCGAAGUGUUCAUGACCGAAUCAGACCUGUUUAUUAUUAUUAUUAUUAUUCACCAAAAAAGCAGCAUCUUCUGAGUCACUCUGGAAUAUAACUACUUUAAUAUUAAUUAAUAUGUUAUGGUUAUGUUUUAAUCAAAGACGUUUUUUCCCUUAAAGACACGUAUGCCUCGUCCUCCUGGAAAUCACCUUUAAAAAAAUCUCAUUUAAAUAUUUCAGACGUAUUUGCAUUUUUUUUAAAAAACGCUGAUAAUAUUUGCGGAAUAUUACUAAACUAGCACUUUUAAUGGGAGUAAAUCGAGUGCAAAUUGUUCAAAAAUCUUAAAACAAGAUUUAUUAUUUUUUUUUUAAUAACAUUGAAAAGCCCUGCUCAUCUGCACACGAGCUGCAGAGGAAGGGGAGGGGGCACUCGGUUUUUAUUUAUUGCAUAUGCCCUUUGUGCGGGCAUUCCGUGAAUUUAAGAGGAGCGGGUAUCAAAUUGAGAAAAAUUUGACAAACUGCGCCAGGCCGUUAUUUAUCAUUCUUAUUAUUUUUAUGCUGAGAAGGGAUUGAUUAAUUCAUGCUGGCUUCAGUGAAGUCAGCAGAGGAGGGAGGCGACAGAGGAGACGGGCCUUGAGGAGAGAGAAGAGAGAGAGGAGGAGGAGGCGGCAAUUCUGCUGGGCCUUUUUUGUAUUUAUUGACUUUUCUCCACGAUUUUUAAAGGAGAGACUUCUUAUAGAUAUAUAGAGAAUCGGGCUUCAAACUAUCGUCUUCGUGGAGCAUUUUCGGAAAAUCAGGUAGCGCACGCAAUCCACUUCGUUUCCAGAUUUAAGACAUCCAAGCGCGGAGAAAUAAAGAAGUGCAAAAGCCCAGGAUGGACCCGGCGGCGGUGCUGAUGGACCCGGGCUUGGACUGAUUGGGCUGAGCCUCAAAAUCUCCUCCCGCUUGCCUCUUUUUAUAAUAUUUGAUUAAAAAGAAAAGGAAGAAGUGGAAUCCCUAUUUCCUCUUGGGAAUCGGAGGAGGUUCAUAACAACAACAUCAUCUUCACCAUUACGAGGCUGACAAGCAGGAAAGGAGGAUUGUGGGCAUUUCGUCGACUUGCCGACUUUUUCUUUGUAAAUCCGGACAGCCGCUGCCCUUUUUCCUCGUUCCCCGCCUCUCGAUCGCUCCCGAUGGAAGGCCCGUGUAGGAGCAGCGGCUUCAGGCAGAGCCGGCGCUCCCGUUCCCAGCGCGACCGCGAGCGGAGGCGCCGGCGUUCGGACCUUGGGGACUCGCGGGCCUACUCUCCAUCGUCCGGCUCGGAGAGAGAGGCCGCGGCCGGGCCUGGUGGAGGAGGAGGAGGUGUCGGUGGUGGUGGUGGCGGCGGAGGUGGAGGAGGAGGAGGUGGCAGUGGAAUCAACACGGGGGAUGGCAGACCCAACGCGGCCAGCAGCAGGCCUCGGCCUCCUCGGCGGAGGAAGAGAGAGUCGGUGUCGUGUGAAGAAGACCUCAUCGAUGGGUUCGCGAUCGCCAGCUUUAACAGCCUGGAGGCACUGGAGAAGGAUGCUGCACUGAAACCACCUGAGCGUGCUCAGCUUUGGGAGAGACGAAGUGGGAAAAGGAAACGGCCAGAUGAGAAUGGCCCAACCUCAGAGUUUGAAGAAAGACGGGCUGAGAGUUCAGAUAGAGACCGACCCAAUGGAGAAACCCACCAUGUGAGACGGGCAAAAAGGAAGAAACGAGAGAGCAAAUCACGGCGUGGCAGUGACAGUGAAGAUGUGCAGGCAGAGAAUGAUGGUUCCAGGCGUGGUAGCUCCCAUACGCUACCAAGUGAAGGGUCCGGGCAGUCCUACUUGGAAACUGGCUAUAUUUGUGACACAGAAAGCGAGUCAGAUGACAAGAUGUCGGAUGCUGAUCUGGACCAGUCCUUUGUUGUGUCUGCAAGCAAAAUGCCCUCAUCAGCUAUGGGCAGCAGUGCUGUGAAUGGACUCGACUGUGAACCUUCGACUCGCCUUUCAGUGACCUCGCGGGUAUCUGGUCUCCAGCGCAGCCAGGAGAAGAAUCAAGACCUGGAUGCCCGUGACCCUCUGCUUGUGCCUUUCCCUUCAAAAGGUCCUAUUCCACUCCACCAGGUGGACCCUGCCAUCACUGGCUCAAGGGGAGUGACAGUGGCCACCACUGGACCUCCCCGAGGAGAAACCUCGGUCUUGGGGAUUGCAACUCCCUCCACUGCUCAGCAUAUCAGAGAGCCCUGUGGCAACUACCUCGCCUCAUUGGGCUCAUCUAGGGCACCCACCCCUGCUCGAACCCCAACAACAACAGCUACUGCCACUGCGGCUCCCCAGUCAAACACAAGUGGAGGCUCUCGUGCCACUCCCCAACCGAAAGCUCACACACCUCAGCCUCAUGGUAAGCUGUCUCACCAGUUUGGGUCUACACAGCAGCAGCCAACUCCGCAGUCGGUGUACAGCGCUGGACUCGGGCUUAACAAUGUCAGCAGAAGCAGCACUCCUGCCAAGACCACAUCAUCUUCAUCCCAGCUGCCUCUCCAUCGUCCACCUACGCCUUCAAGCUUGACACUAAAUCCCUCGCAUGGCUUCUCUGGAGCCACAAGACCUCCUUCACACCCAAGUGGAGCUGGGCUGUUUACUUCAUCGCUGCCUCCGCCUCCACCAUUAUUGCAGGUUGCAGGGCACUCUGCCUCUGCCGCUGCUGCGUUCUCUGAGCAAGACCUAAUCAGGCAAGAGCUGAACUCACGCUUCCUGACUUCCCAGGGCCCGGAAGGUCGAAAUGGCCCAGCUUCUGCAGCAGGGACUGGCAGCAUUGGCCCGCUGGCAUUCCAGUUUCACCAGCACAACCACCAGCAUCAGCACACGCACACCCAUCAGCACUUCACACCCUUUUUGCCGCCUGGUGCAGCUGCUGCUGCCACCGCCAUUGUACCCACCACGCCCACGCCCGCCAUGGUGCGUACCAACUCUCGGACAAACUUCGACAAGUAUCCAGGGAAAAUCGAAGGCCUCUACAGGCAAACUCCUUUCUACUCGGCAUAUCCUCCAUCGGUGGCUGGAAUUCAACCUGUGCUGCCACCUGCUGGGCCUUUUAGUUCACUGCAAGGAGCCUUCCAGCCCAAGACGACCACCCAAGAAUUAGCAGCUCGUUUGGGAGCCGUGCCUCAUACGCUACAGCCAAAGGAUCCUCGACUUUCGGAUCCUUUCCGGAGUACAUUGCGAGUGAGUAAUAAACCUGGCAAGUGGUGUGCAAUGCAUGUGAGAGUUGCAUGGAUGAUCCUGCGGCACCAAGAGAAGAUCAAGCUGAUGCAAGGAGACCCCCACAAACUGGACUUCCGGAAUGACCUCAUCACUCGACUUCCUGGCUCUGGGGCACUGGGCUCUCUCUCUAAUGCCCAUGAGCUAGCCAGGCCAGCGACUCUUUUCUCUGGAAGUGGCCCUGGACAUCAUGGUUCGUCUCCAUUUGUGCCUCCUGCUGGAGCCCCCAACUCCUUCCUGAAUCCACCAUCACAUCUAGAUCCAUUUGGACGUGCUUCUGCCUUCCCUCCGCUUGGUGCCCUAAGUAAUGGAGCUUUUGGUGGCCUGGGCAGUCCAACUCUGGCUGCAGCCAGUUCAAUGUUUGCACACAAAGAAAGUCCCGGGGGAGCGCCUGGUUUUGGAAGUCCCCACGACCCUUGGAAUCGGCUUCAUCGUACCCCACCGUCUUUCCCUACUGCCCCAACAUGGCCUAAAGGUGGGGAAGGAGAGCGGAAUUCCCAUGAAAAGGAAAGAGACAGGGAGCAGCGUGAGAGGGAACGGGAGCGUGAGAGAGAACGGGAAAGCGAAAAGAGAGAGAUUCCUCUCAUUAAGGAUGAGAAAGAGAGGGACGGAGUGUACGGUCGGCAACCUGUGAGAAUGUCCCCAUUGAUUUCAACACAAAAGUGUUCCGCCUCCUCUUCUAUUAGCCACAGUAACGGGCAUGGCCCCAGCGAGGAUGAACCACGAGCAGGACGCGAGUCUAGGGAUCGCAGUCGAGAGCACAGCCGGGAUCGGGUGGUAGGAGGGCCUCUGCCACCUCAUCCCAGCCACAGAGAGAGGGAAAGCAGCCGGGACAGACCACAGUCGUCAUCGUCUUGUGAGCCAUCCAACAGUAAGGACUCUCCUUUUGAGCACAAGGAUCAGUUGCAGAGCUCCCAGCUUCAGCAGCAGAAGCCUUCCUCCCUGCCAAGCAGCUCGGCUGGCGGUGGUCUCACAACCUCUACCUCGAAUGCAAACACUGAGGACAAACGCAGCCCUGGGCUUGGAAAGGAGGCCAGCAAGCCAUUAUUGUUAGGUACAGCAUCCUGUGCACCCUCGCUUAGGGAAAGUGGGAGACCUGGACCUUCAGUGUCUGUGGGUUCAGCCAGUGGAGGCGAUCGGGAACGCAAGCCGACUCCUGACUUGCACCUGCACCCUAAGAAGGGAGAAGCAAGCAUGCCAACUGCACUCAUUAAAGUGAAGGAGGAGCGCAAGGAAGAGCCAGAAUCUAUACCCAUUCCCAUCCCAAGCUCACAGCCACAGCACCACCCAGCACCGCUAGCCUUCGAGAGGCCUAACAGUCGGAGCAGCAGUAGUCAUCACAGUAGCAGCAGUGGCAGCAGCAGCAGCAAUCAUCAUACUCCUCAUCUUCAUCCGAAUUUGCACCCUCUGCCUGCUCCGGCAGGGAGCAGUGGCGGUCCUUCUCCGAUGAGUGCCGCUGCCGCAGCAGCAGCAGCCGCCGCUGCCAUGGGUUUGACAGUUAACCCAGCAAUAGGCAGCCAUCCCAGCUCUCAUCCUGGACACCCUUUGAACUCCCUGACAAUGCUGGAGCGCAGCAGAGCCCUAGGGGGCUAUCUUGGAGUUGCGGGCCCUGCAGUGGUCCCUCCACAGCCCCAGGCAGAGCGUUUCGCCCACCACUCGGCAAUGGCAUUUCAGUGGGAUCUGUGGCGUGAGCCUUAUCGCAAUGCAGAGGCGUUACAUCAUCACCAGCAGCAACAAGCUGUGGCUCAGCAUCGGCGAGAGGCCCUGGCUCUAAGGUCCGACCCACAGCUGGCACGUUACUUAGCUAAUCGCUUCUAUGAACCAGACCGGGAGUUUGCAGGACUAGUUGACAGGCAUCAGGCUCAUCACCCGCACCCAUUGCACCACAACCCCCACGAGCGGGGUCCCGCCAGCGCUGCUGUGAUUGGCAGCAGCCUAUUGGACGAGCAUGAGCGUGCCCACAUCCUCCGUGAGGACUAUGAGAGGGCUCGAUUCUACGGGGUGCACUCGCCGGCUUCAGCAGCUGUAGCAUCCUCUGCCACUGCUGCUGCGGCAGCCGCAGCGGCAGCAGCUGCCUUGGACCCCCACCAGCACCCUCACCUGCCUCAUGCUGCCCUGCUGACCCCCACUACCGCCUUGUUUGCACGGCUGGGCCCCAGCUUACAUCACCACCACCCGCAUGCUCAUCAAAACGGACUGCUGAGCAAAACCCCGCCUACUAUAAUAGGGUCACUAGGGGGUGGCCCACCACCUCUCAUUCCUUCUGGAGCUGGGGGGCCCCCGAGGAACACUGGAUCACCUCGGAGUCGAGCUGGGGCAGACCUCUCGGUGCUCUACAGCAGUCACAAAGACCGGGACUCCAGAUAAUAAUAAUAGUGAUGAUUCAGACGCUGAGCCCGCAGGAAGUGGAUAAAGAACACUUGAAGUCGCCAACACCCACCCUUUUUCCUGUGUUGCACCCAUCAAUCAAUCAUUAUUCUAUUUGUUGUUUAUUAUUAAUAUUAUCAUUAAUAAAUAUAUUCAGACUUUUUUAUUUUAUUACUUUUUUUUGAUAUUCUGGGUGCGGAGGGGGGCUGGAAAUAAUCCCCCUACCCAUCCUAACUGUAACUAGGAAUUUAAAAGACUGUUUUCUCUGAACUGUGAGAGUGAUUUUUCAGGGACUAGGAGAUCGGGGGGUGGCUGGGCUUGUGGGGGCGGGGUGGGGUGAUGGGGUCAUUGAAUUGUAAGGUGAAGACCCUGUAAGAGUUAAGACAGUGAGACAUGGCGUAUGUCGCUGUACAUAUUUAUAAAUUACUUAUAACCUGCUGUGGGACGUUUCAAUGUGUGGGAUGGGGCUGGGGAAUAAAAAGCAAAGAGAAGCAAGAGACUGAACUCAAUGAUUGAAACAAAAAAGUAUAUGAAUAUUUU